AUGGGGGCGGUUAGAGUACCGCUGUGGGCAAUCUGCUUGCUGCGGUUGGUGCUGGCCACGGUGUAUUUCCAGGAAGAGUUUCUGGACGGAGAGCGCUGGAGAAACCGAUGGGUGCAGUCCACCAAUAAUUCCCAAUUCGGAAAUUUUAGACUCUCGUCGGGCAAGUUUUAUGGUCAUAAGGAGAAAGACAAAGGUCUGCAAACCACCCAGAAUGGCCGAUUCUAUGCCAUCUCUGCAAGGUUCAAACCGUUCAGCAAUAAAGGGAAGACCCUGGUCAUUCAGUACACAGUGAAACAUGAGCAGAAGAUGGACUGUGGAGGGGGCUACAUUAAGGUCUUCCCUGCAGAUGUGGACCAGAAGAACCUGAGUGGAAAAUCGCAGUACUACAUAAUGUUCGGACCUGAUAUCUGUGGAUUUGAUAUCAAGAAAAUUCAUGUUAUUUUAUAUUUCAAGAAUCAGUAUCAUUCGAACAAGAAACCAAUCAGAUGUAAGGUCGAUGCCUUUACACACCUCUACACUCUGAUUUUAAGACCAGAUCUGACUUAUGAUGUGAAAGUUGAUGGCCAAUCCAUUGAGUCAGGAAGCAUCGAGUAUGAUUGGAAUCUCACAUCCCUGAAGAAAAUGGAAAACUCUCCAGCAGAAUCUAAGGACUGGGAUCAGGCUGAAGACAGCAAAGCUCAGGACUGGGAGAAACAUUUUCUGGAUGCAAGCGCCAGCAAGCCAAGUGACUGGAACAGUGAGCUGGAUGGCGACUGGCCAGGGCCAAUGCUCCAGAAGCCUCUGUACCAGGAUGGCCUGAAACCAGAGGGGAUUGACAAAGACAUGUGGCUCCAUCAGAAGAUGAGAAGCACCAGCUACCUGACUGAGUAUGACCUCUCGGAAUUUGAGAAUAUCGGUGCUAUUGGACUGGAGCUUUGGCAGGUGCGAUCCGGAACCAUCUUUGAUAACUUCCUGAUCACCGAUGACGAAGAAUAUGCUGAGAAUUUUGGGAAGGCCACCUGGGGUGAAACCAAGGGCCCGGAGCGGGAGAUGGAUGCCAUCCAGGCCAAGGAGGAGAUCAGAAGGGCCCAAGAAGAGGAAGAGCAGGAGAUGCUGGCCGGAAAGUUUGAUACGCGGCAAGAUUUCUUCAAUCGUUUCCACAAGCGAGGCGAAUUGUAG